AUGUCUACAGAACCGAUUGCAGUCUUGUUCGUCUGCUUGGGAAACAUUUGUCGUUCAACCAUGGCGGAGGGAAUCUUUCGAUCCAUGGUUUCCCAGGGUCCUUACGCAUCCUUGAUAUCGAAUGUUGAUUCAUGUGGAACUGCAGCCUAUCACACUGGAUCUUCCCCAGAUUCCCGUACCAUGGCUACGCUGAGAGAGAAUGGAAUUUGUGACUAUAAGCACAAGGCUAGAAAGGUUUCUAUCAAUGAUUUCAAGAAUUUUGAUUAUAUCUUUGCUAUGGAUAGCAACAAUCUUGAAGAUCUUCUCUCCUUGAAAAGGAGAACGGAGGGUAAAGCAGAAGUUAUGUUAUUUGGAGAGUAUGCAGGAGGUUCUAGCCCCGAGGAAGUAGAUGAUCCUUAUUAUGGUGGGAAUGAUGGAUUCAAGGCUGCUUAUGAACAGUGUACGAGGUUUUCCAAGAAUUUCUUGAAGUCGACUUUUCCGGAUGUUGAGAAAUGA